GAGGAACAUGUCAGCCGCAUCCGGGAGGAGCUGGACCGUGAGCGGGAGGAGCGCAACUACUUCCAGCUGGAGCGGGACAAGAUUCAUACCUUCUGGGAGAUCACUCGGAGGCAGCUGGAGGAGAAGAAGGCCGAGCUGCGGAACAAAGACCGGGAGAUGGAGGAGGCUGAGGAGAGGCACCAGGUGGAGAUCAAGGUGUACAAGCAGAAGGUGAAGCACCUGCUGUAUGAGCACCAGAACAACCUGACAGAGAUGAAGGCCGAGGGCACCGUGGUCAUGAAGCUGGCACAGAAGGAGCACCGCGCGCAGGAGAGCGCGCUGCGCAAGGACACGCGGGCGCUGAAGGUGGAGCUGAAGGAGCAGGAGCUGGCCAACGAGGUGGUGGUGAAGAACCUGCGGCUGAAGCACGGCGAGGAGAUCACCAAGAUGCGGAACGACUUUGAGAGGCAAGUGCGAGAAAUCGAGGCCAAGUAUGACAAGAAGAUGAAGAUGCUCAGGGACGAGCUCGACCUGCGGAGGAAGACCGAGAUCCACGAGGUGGAGGAGAGGAAGAACGGCCAGAUCAACAUGCUGAUGCGGCGGCACGAGGAGGCCUUCACCGACAUCAAGAACUACUACAACGACAUCACCCUCAACAACCUGGCCCUCAUCAACUCCCUCAAGGAGCAGAUGGAGGACAUGCGGAGGAAGGAAGACCGCCUGGAGCGGGAGAUGGCAGAGGUGUCCAUGCAGAACAAGCGCCUGGCGGACCCUCUCCAGAAGGCUCGGGACGAGAUGAGUGAGAUGCAGAAGCAGCUCGGGAACUACGAGAGGGACAAGCAGACGCUGGUCUGCACAAAAGCACGGUUGAAAGUCACCGAGAAGGAGCUCAAAGACCUGCAGUGGGAGCACGAGGUGCUGGAGCAGCGGUUCCUCAGGGUGCAGCAGGAACGGGACGAGCUCUACCGGAAGUUCGCGUCGGCCAUCCAGGAGGUGCAGCAGAAGACGGGCUUCAAGAACCUGGUGCUGGAGCGCAAGCUGCAGGCGCUCAGCGCGGCCGUGGAGAAGAAGGAGGUGCAGUUCAAUGAGGUGCUGGCGGCUUCCAACCUGGACCCCUCAGCCCUGACGCUGGUGUCCCGCAAGCUCGAGGACGUUCUGGAGUCGAAGAACAGCACCAUCAAGGACCUGCAGUACGAGCUGGCCCGGGUCUGCAAGGCCCACAACGACCUGCUGCGCACGUACGAGGCGAAGCUUCUGGCCUUCGGGGUCCCCCUGGACAACGUGGGCUUCAAGCCCUUGGAGACAGCUGUGAUCGGGCAGACGCUGGGCCAGGGCCCUGCGGGCCUCGUGGGCACCCCGACGUAGCCACCCUGCCGGGGCUGAGGCUGCAGAGCCAGCCUGGGACCACUCUCCGAAUGAGACCCCCUUUCCCACAGCAAGGACAGCAGGUUUAUGUUUUUUAGAUUUUAUCGUCAGCAAAUGAAGGCUUUUCAUGUU